AGCUGAAAGAAACAGAAAUUCAUAUCAUCAUCAUUCACAACAAAACUCUUAUGUAAGCCCAUUUCAACACAGCCUGUAGGCUGUAAGAGAUCCUUGAGUUUUUUUUUUUUUUGUUAAGAAACCGACAAUUUUAAGAUAACCAAUAAUUCCAACCAUCCCAUGUGGGUUCCUCCUCCUUCCAGUGAACUCUGUUUCUACUCACUCUGCUCUUUUUCUCUACCCUUUUUUCUCUUUUAUCUUUUGUUUUGGUUGUGACUCUUUGAGUUAAAGCUGGUUUACUAAGAGAACAUCUAGACCAGUUGCAUUCUGAGAAUCUGUUUUCCAGCAUGUGGGAAUCAGAGAGUGAGUCAGCAGCAUAUGGGGAUGGACUUCUCACUUCAAGCAAACAUGGUGUCAAGACAGAAGGGUUUGUGCAAAGAGGCCACUCUUGGUACGUUGCAACUGAUAUUCCAAGUGACUUUCUAGUCCAAAUUGGAGAAGCUAACUUCCAUUUGCACAAGUAUCCCUUGAUAUCUCGAAGUGGAAAGCUGAAUAGAAUCAUAAAUGAAUCACGAGACCCGGAUUUGAAUAAGAUAGUUAUGGAUGAUAUCCCUGGUGGGCCUGAGGCUUUUGAACUUGCAGCCAAGUUCUGCUAUGGAGUUGCUGUUGAUUUAACAGCAGUCAAUAUCUCUGGCCUAAGAUGUGCUGCUGAGUAUCUUGAAAUGACAGAGGACCUAGAGGAAGGGAAUCUUAUAUUCAAGACAGAAGCAUUCCUUAGCUAUGUUGUUUUGUCUUCAUGGAGAGACUCCAUAGUAGUGUUGAAAAGCUGUGAGAAGCUCUCACCAUGGGCUGAGAACCUUCAAAUUGUUAGAAGAUGCAGCGAGUCCAUUGCUUGGAAAGCUUGUGCUAAUCCGAAAGGAAUAAGGUGGUCCUAUACUGGAAGAACCUCAAAAAUUCUGAGUCCAAAAUGGAAUAAUGAUAUGAAAGAUUCAAGCCCAAGUAGGAAUCAGCAGGUUCCUCCUGAUUGGUGGUUUGAAGAUGCCUCAAUCCUUAGGAUGGAUCACUUUGUUAGAGUCAUUACUGCUAUUAAGGUAAAGGGCAUGAGAUUUGAAUUGAUUGGUGCAGCAAUCAUGCAUUAUGCAACUAAAUGGUUACCGGGUUUGAUUAAUGACACAUCAAUCCCAGGUGAUGAAGCAAGCAAUUGCAGUAUCAGUAACAGUAGUAGUAGUGGCGGUAGCUGGAAAGGUGGACUUCAUAUGAUUGUGACUGCAACUAUAGAAGACACUUCAAGUCUUCAAGCUAAAGAGCAAAGGAUGAUAAUUGAGAGUCUCAUCAGCAUUAUUCCACCACAGAAGGAUAGUGUCACAUGCAGCUUCCUUCUUAGGCUCCUGAGAAUGGCAAUCAUGUUAAAGGUUGCACCUGCACUUGUUACUGAAUUGGAGAAAAGGGUGGGAAUGCAAUUUGAGCAGGCUACACUGGCUGAUCUUCUAAUCCCUUCUUAUAAUCAAGGAGAGACUAUGUAUGAUGUGGAUCUUGUUCAGAGGCUAUUAGAGCAUUUUCUUGUUCAAGAACUUACUGAAAAUUCGAGUCCAACCAGACAGUCUUCUGAAAAACAUAUGGCAUGUAACCUAAAUGCCAAGACAAGAGUGGCAAGGCUUGUUGACAGUUAUCUUACAGAGGUGUCCAGAGAUAGAAACCUUUCCCUGACAAAGUUUCAGGUUCUUGCAGAAGCUUUGCCUGAGUCAGCUAGGACCUGUGAUGAUGGACUUUAUAGAGCAAUUGAUUCCUAUCUUAAGGCACAUCCAACACUUUCUGAGCAUGAAAGGAAACGACUAUGCCGUGUAAUGGAUUGUCAGAAACUCUCCAUCGAUGCAUGCAUGCAUGCUGCCCAAAAUGAAAGGCUUCCAUUAAGGGUUGUUGUGCAAGUUCUAUUCUCUGAACAGGUAAAGAUAAGCAAUGCAUUAGCCACUAGUUCUCUGAAAGGUGUUGAAUCUCAUAAUCAGCCAAUGGUUACAAACCGGAAAACACUUCUUGAAGGGACACCACAAUCAUUCCAAGAAGGUUGGACAACUGCUAAAAAAGACAUCAACACACUAAAGUUUGAACUUGAGAGUAUGAAAGCCAAGUACUCAGAGCUUCAAAAUGAUAUGGAAAGUUUGCAGAAACAAUUUGAUAAGAUGCUAAAGCAGAAGCAUACUUCAGCAUGGAGCAGUGGAUGGAAGAAACUGAGCAAACUUACAAAGAUGACAAAUGUAGAAAAUCAUGAUAUUUCACCCAAGAUUUCAGCUUCAGCAGAACAGAACAGAAAGAUUACUAGAAGGUGGAGAAACUCAAUAUCCUGAUUCCUGAAAGAUGAUAAAUUCUCAAUAUCUAUGAAAUUGAUUCUUCUGUGUCCCUCCUUUUUCUUUCUUUUUUGUUCAUAUUUCAUUCCUCCUUCUUCUUUUGAACAGUAAAUGAGGCUUCUCUUCUUUCGGUUCCUUUUUAUAUCUUGUAGCAAUUGCUACAAGAUUCUAGCUAAAUUGUAAUAUGUCACUCAAG